AUGAAAGGAUUAGUUGAUUAUACUUCAUCUUCGGAUAACGAUAGUGAAGAAAAAUCAGAUCAUGAUAUUAAUCAAAGUAAAAAACAUAAAGUAACUUCACAUUCUGAAAAAGAAAAAGGUGUAAAACGAAAAGCUGAAGAGUCUGAUAAACAUGUCGAAACAAAUAAAAAACGUGGAUCUGUGCUAACACCGACGGUAACAACAAAGAAAUUACCACCAUUGCCCUUAGAAUUUUUAGAAUUAUAUCAAGAUGAACGUCAAAAAAAUUAUACGAAACAUAUAGAAGACCCAUCAAAUCAUCAAGGGCGAAUACGAACCAAACCACAUGUUGAAGGAUUUCAAGUCAUUACUUCGGAGAAUGAAAAUCUUGAUGAUUUAGAUGAUGAAACGAAUUUUAAAUUUUUUCACAAUGAUGUGACACAACCCGUUAAUACACCAGAAACAUUACAUAUUAGUUUAUCUAGACCUUUAUUUUUGAAAUAUUUUCAAAUUGAAAGAUUUUGGGAUAAUUUAAGAAAAGGAUUUGAGGAUAAAAAACGAUUUUCUUUAUCAUUUUCGGAAAUUAGUCAUUUCAUUAAUGACGAAAAAACUAGAUCUUUUCUUGCUUUAGAAGUUGGUAGAGGAGUUAACGAGUUGAAGACAUUGUUGGAACACGUUAACAAAGUAGCAAAAGAUUUUCGACAAGAAGAGUUUUAUGAGAAUCCUCGAUUUCAUGCAAGUAUACUAUGGUCAGUUGGAGAUGUGCCAAUAUAUGAAUCAUUACGUGACGCGCUUAUAAAUUCAGGAUUUGAGGAUAUCAUUAGAGAUUAUGUAUUUAUUAUCAAUAAAAUGGUUUGUAAAAUUGGAAUUAAACAUGGAGUUACUGGGGAUCGAACCCAGGGCCUCUUGGAUGCAAACCAAGCGCUCUACCGCUGA